GUCCUCUCUGUUUUCCUCACAAGACUUGUUCGUGGAUGAAGGUAUUAGAGCCAUGCGCAGAGGGAGUCAUCUGCUGAAGGUCAGGUCUCCCUCAUGGAUGAGAUUCCGCUUGUACAAGCUGCAGAAGGACUAUCAGACAGUGUGGUACAGCUCAGAAAAGAUCUGCAAGUGGGCCAGGAACCAAACCUUCUCGAUUUAUGACAUCGAGGAGGUGAGGGCAGGUCACCAUUCAGAGGUGACCUCGGAGAAUCGCAGUGAUUACAACUUCAGCAUCAUCUUUAAAGGAAGGGAAAAGAACUUGGACCUGGUGGCCAACAGUGCCAUGGAAGCUCAGUACUGGAUUGAUGGCCUUAAUAAUCUGAAGAUGUACUACACCAGAAGGGAACGGAGAGAGCAGAACAGCUACAUGGUCAGAUAUCAGCUGGAGGGUCCCAACAGAGUCAAGGCCUACGACAGCUGUCUGGACUGCUCACGUGCUGCAAGAUCACCCAUUGCAGCAGGUUUGAAGGUGCCACCAGCAACCAGCUCCUGGAUGAGAUAGUAUCCUUCGUGGAAACUACGUUCGAUAAACUGGUGCAGGACUCAGGUAAUUGGAGACUGGAAAUAUAUCAAAGUUCAAAGUCUUCACUCUGUCAAUACAAAAGCUGUUCCAUAAAGUUUCUCAGUAAAAGGGCCAACAACGACAGAGCACUCUGUCUGAACUUGAUAGUUGGGUGAGUUCUAGAAAUGGAGAUCUGGGAUGGAAUUUGAAGUUGCUUGGAAACGUGGUGUUAUGGUGUACAUUUGUUAAAGUCAAACAUUACAGUGAAAUAACCACAAAGUUUGAUGAGGGAAACGUAGGUAUGUGCUAUAUAAAGGUAAAGUUAUAGGUGAAUUAAAUCAAAGUAAUUUUAUCAUCAAAGUACAUAUAAACAUACCAUGUACUACCUCACACCUUCCCACUAUCACCAACUCACAGGGAAGGGAGGCUUCUGUUAAGUAACAACACCCCCAGUCGCUGGUUAUGGAUGGGACUCUUACCAGCCCUAAUCCCCUGGAUACCUGCCCACAGUUCACCUGCACAUUCCCCAUCCCUCCCCAACCGUCCUUGCCUAACACCAAUGUUACCUCCUGCUUGAUGGCAGCAUUGAGAACAGAGGGUGGCCUGGAUGGUGUGGACCUUGGUCCCUGAUCUUGAUCAUUGCUGGGGUUAGAGGUCAGAUGAAUCCACCAAAUUCAGGGUGGACGCUCCUGGAGCCUUUUUCAGUGAUCCUUCCCGUCUCACGCAUCCUGCUGCCUAAGGGGACAGACAAGUGUGAGGUAAUGCAUUUUGUAGUCCAAGUUAUGACAGAAUUUACAGCGUAAAUGGCACAGACCUCAGGAGUGUUGACGUACAGAGGGACGAUGAGGUGCAAGUCCAGUACUCCCUCACGCAAGUGGAGAGGAUGGUGAAGAAGUCAUUUUGCUUGUCUUCAUAGCCAAGGCAUUGACUGUAAGUACUGGCUGUCACAUUCCUAACUGGCUGUCCCACUACCUUGGUCCCUGAUCUUGAUCAUUCCUUUCUCUCUGAGGACCACCUUCCCUCACUCCAUCUCCACCCGCUCUCGCACACACACACAGCCCCCAACAGAGAUACACACAUACAGACACUCAUUACACACAAAGCACACCCAGUAAUGGGUAAGAGGUUGCAUCUGAGUCCCUGACUCUCCUCCCAACCCUGCCACAUUUCACAUCGUCCCUCCAUCUCCAAUUCACAGGGAAGGGAGGCUUCUGUAAGGCAGUAACACUCCAAUCGCUGGUUGUAAACCAGACUCUUAUCAGCCCUAAUCCCCUGGAUACCCACCCACAGUUCACCUGCACAAUCUCCAUCUCUCCCCAACCCUCCUUGCCUAACACCAAUGUAGUUCCUGAUACAUUUGUAUCUACAACUUCAAAGCGCCUUUGAAGGAGGUUGUCCUAAACCAAACGUGUCUGGUACCACACAGAACAGUAACCCCAUUAACCGUUUCAGUGCCUUGUAAUCACCGCAGAUACUAACACUCUCAUUACUUGCUGAUAUGUAAUGAUAAUGAAAUAAGCUUUAAAAUAGUUUCUCAUUUUGUCUCUCUCUCUGUGACACACAGACACACACUUUCAUCCCAUUGCCCAUCCUUCCUCUUCUUCCCCGACUCCCACUCUUUGUUCUCCCUCUCACAGUCCCACUGUUUCUCCUCCCCACCCUCUUCCUCCUGCCCUCCCACCACAAUGCCUGCAGUGGCCCUCAAUGUUGGGCAGGAGAUAGACAUGUACCACGGUAAAUUGUGACAAUGGUUUCGCUGGUGAGAACCUGAAGACAAAGUUCCUGCGACAGAGAAAGCUCACAUUUGACCCAAAGAUCAUCCAGAUGGGACCCUGGCUGAACUGAAAGAAGCUGCACGUGAAGGAUACCACCACAUCCACCAUCUGUCUGCAAACGGUGAACUCCUGCCCUCUGCCUCGCUCUCCACCCACAUCAUGAUCGAAUGAAUCCUCGUCGUCAUCAUCUCCUCCGCUGGGAUUCCUGACUUACCAGGAGCUGGAACAGAGAACCACCUUGACCAGACGGAGAUGGACAGAGGGACAGUGGGAAUGGGUUGGGGUCGAUUGAAAGAAAGAGG